AUGGCCGGUCACCGACUAGACACAAGACAUUAUGCAUAAUAUGAUAGUGUUUAGUACAUAUGUUACCGUGAAUGUGCGCAGUCGGUGAUUGCCGACUGUUCCGUCUCAUCUGCUGUUCGCGCGAUAAGCUAAACUCAAGCCACCGACGUAGCUACGGCCGUUUUUACUACCUACGUUCGGCGCGCGUUGUUCAGUACCGUACACCGUCUACUGUUCACCGUAAAUCGUUCACCGUAAAUUGUGUACCGUACAUCGUCUCCCGUUCACCGUCAACCGUCAACCAUAUACAGACCACCGUCUACCGUUAACCGUUCCGGGGUUGCGUGCUGUCGCCACCACGGUUUUAUAACGUUUUAUUUUUGUUUUGUUACUUAAUUUAUUUAUAUUCUUAAGUCAUUUUACCCACUAGCUGGCCAGCACCUUUUGUGCCCCCUAUAUUUGUUACUUGUAUAUAUUUCGUUUACAUUUUUAAUAGUACGCCGUUUUUUUCCGGCAUUACAGAAUAAUAGAUCGUGUUCGCUUAAUUUCCACCGUAAGUGCCCACCUAAUAACUUACCGUAAUAAUACAUUAUAGUUUAUACAGUCCACUUCACCGAAUUAUACAUCAUUUUGGUCCUUCGGGCCGGAUUAUAUUUUAUAGUUCUAUGCGAUUCGAAUUUGCACCGAUGUUAGUUGUUACAUAGGUACCACAUUUACACAUAACUUAGACUUGUUGUGGUUAUUACGUAAGCACCAAUAAGUGCGUUAGGAUUUGCAUAUGACUUAUUAUUAUAAGGUUAAAAACCACUGUGCAAUAAAAUUAUCAAUUGAACUUUGUAGUUUAGUAGCUUAGCGUAGUGAUAAUAAGACCGUCGUCGAUGCCGUAGCGCCGCCGUGAAGACAAACCGGUUCGCAAAUCAUACCGCCGUGUAACGAAUAACAAUUAUAAUUAUAAUUACAGCUGAAUACCGUCCGUACAGACUUAUCGCAAAAGUAGGUCAAGGUAGCGUAUCACCUAUUAAUACGUUAAUAAAAAAAAAAAAGAAAAAAAAAAGAAGACCAUUAUAGCAAUUGUAUCAACCAUGGCUGUUUACGAAGAGGCAAAAUAACGUAUAGUUGGUUUGCAGUGUAAGGUGCAACGCGUAUAUGGCGCAGGGUCGGCAUUGGAAAAAGAACCCACAAACAAAACUGCGAAAACCAAAUUUAAAAUUAUGUACGCGACACUUGAAAAUGUAGCGACUGAUUUUGAAACACAAUUAACGAUUAUUAUAAAACAACAAUGCAAAGGACCACCUUUGACAGAUGCCGUUGCCGAAGAACAACUAUGAAUGAAUUUCGAGGAGAAUUAUAUAGGGUGUAAAAUCUUAGCCGAUGAAUAUCUACCGGAAGCCACAGAGGAUACGUUAAUGGAUAAAACGUUUAGGGAAAGAGACUCUCCAGUUACGCCUAAUAGUUAUUAUCCAGUCGAAAAAUUAACCGUACCAAAGUUUAAUGGUGACCGAAAAGAUUAUAUGAGUUUUCGGAACAUGUUUGACAAAUUGGUUGGUGAAUCACUUAUGUCGGCGAUUUUAAAAUUUGGCUAUUUAAAAUCGUAUUUGGCUGGAGAGCCCCUGAGCUUGAUAGGUAAUUUAAUGCUAACUGAGAGUAAUUACGAGCUCGCUUUAUCACAAUUAACAGCGCGAUAUUCAAAUCGUCGUGUCCUAGCUGGUAAUCAUAUGGAAGAAUUGUAUAAGGCUCCAAAAGCAUUUAUUGGUGAUGGAGGUUCUAUCAGAAAACUUCUGAAGACAAUUAUCGAGUCCAUCGGUGCGCUAUCCAACCUAUUAUACGCAGUGGACCAAUGGGACCCGAUUCUCUUACAUUUAUUUCAAAAGAAACUCGACCAACAUCUUCGAUCACAAUGGGAAUUGUUGGUGGAUACAACUGAAGGUCCCACUGUAGCGGAUUUCGUUACUUUUUUGACCAAGUAUUGUAAAUCUGCAACCGUUAGUCAAGAAAUCAUUAAGCCGACGUUCAGAGGUUAUAAGCCAGGGAAGACGACCACCUUGUUCAGUAGUCAUCAAGCAGGAAAAUCCACGUCAGAACAGUCGGAGAAAAAGUCAUUUACUUGUCAAGUGUGCAAAAGUCAACCGGAACAUUUGCUUAUACAUUGCCCACAGUUCAAGGAGAAAACGCCGACCGAACGCCAUCAAAUUAUUAAGGACUUGAAGCGAUGCUUCAACUGCUUCAGUGCACACAGGGCUAGUGAAUGUAAAAACUAAAGGAAAUGUUCUGAAUGCAACGGAAGACACCAUUCCUUACUCCAUCUCCCUGAAAUUGUAGAAACAGUUAGCUCCGUUCAUGUUACUGUUGCGGCAUCUGAGACUAAAGUUCUUUGGACGUCUGUUUUGUUGGCGACCGCUGCAGUAAUCGUUCAAAGUCAGAGUGGAGAGACCAUUAAAGUAAGAGCUCUGCUGGACAGCACGAGCCAAAGCAGUUUCAUAACAGAACGAUGUGUAAACAAUUUGGGUUUAACUCGAGGGAAGUGUAACAUAACCGUGCAGGCUUUAUCUGGCACUCAAGUCCCAAUGGUGAGAGGAAGCGCUAACGUGAACGUACGACCGGUUGGUUGCGACAGCCUACACUUUAACGUUGAUGUUCUAAUCUUACAGCGUAUUACCCGUUCUGUUCCAUCGCAACGUGUAUGGGAAAAAGUGUGGUCUCACACGGAUGGUUUGAAGUUAGCCGACCCGGAGUAUGCUCAAGCGUUACCGAUCGAUUUGUUACUCGGUGCAGAUGUUUUUCCAUACCUCUUAUUAGGAGAUAAAAAAGAGGGUGAAGUUGUUCAGCCAAUAGCUUUGUCUACAGUUUUUGUAUGGCCAAAAACUGUAGUCCUCAUGGAAAAAAUGUUAACUGCACCGGAACACCAAAUCUUAACACUAUGCACAACCACAGAUUCAAUCAAUCGAACCCUACAGCGUUUUUUAGAAAUCGAGGAUAUUCCAACCGCCGUUAAAAGUAACACUGGAGAUUUGGAAUGCGAAGAAAUAUACCGUUCAGGUACCACGCGCUAACCGGACGGAAGAUAUGUUGUGCAUUUAACGUUUUCACAAUAUCCAUCGUUGCUGGGGAAAUCCAAAGAUGUGGGUUUGAAUCGCCUACGCCAAUUUGAAAGCCGAUUAAAAAAUCAUCUGAACUUCACAGGGAUUAUAAUAAUGCCCUGAACGAUUAUCUGGAUUCGGGCCACAUGUCCAGAGUGAUCGUAAAAUCGGAUAACGAGGAUAAUGCCUAUUAUAUCCCUUAUUAUGCUGUUUUGAGACCGGAGAGUACCACCACGAAAAUGAGGAUAGUAUUCGAUGCAUCCGCAAAGACGUCCUCAGGGUGUUCAUUAAACGAUAAGCUCUUCUGCAGUAAAAAGCUACAACAGGACUUACCAGCCAUUCUGCUACGUUUUCGGUUACACACUGUGGUCUUUACAGCGGACAUGAAACAAAUGUUCCGCCAAGUGGUCGUCACCGAAAAACAUCAAUCUUACCAACGUUUGUUAUAUCGCUUUUCUUUGGAUGAACCCGUGGAAGAAUAUCAAAUGAACACUUUAAUGUUUGGGCAAAAAUCGUCUCCGUUCCUUUCCAUUCGAAUCUUGCAGAAAUUAGUAGAGAACGAAAUAUUGUAUUACGCGAUUUGUACGUCGACGACGUAUUCACAGGUGCCGAAAACGAAGACGCGGCUAUGGAGCUUCAGGGAAAACUAAUAAAAGUUUUUGCCAAGGGUAAAUUUGAACUACGUAAGUGGUGCAGUAAUUCUGAUUUUCUGCUGCUACAGGUACCACCAAAACACCGACAAACGCAACCCGUUACAUUUGCUGAGCAUGGGUCGGAGUAUACAAAAGUCCUUGGACUAAACUGGGACCCAAAGAACGACUCACUCAGUUACCAUAAUUGGCCUAAUCCAGUGAAAUACAGUAAACGGGCUAUGCUGUCAGAGGUUGCGAGGAUUUACGAUCCACUUGGUCUACUGUCCCCAGUUACGACCGAUCUCAAAAGGCUAAUGAAGUACCUUUGGCUAAUGGAAGUGAGCUGGGACGAACCGCUACCCGAAGAUGCAGCAUCUGGGUGGCUAAAAUAUCACCAGGAGUUACCGGUGCUAGCGACUUUACGAAUCAACCAGCAUGUCACCCACCCUCGCGCCACGUACGAACUUCAUGGGUUUAGUGACAGUUCGGAAGUAGCUUAUGCUGUUGCGGUGUAUCUACUUAUCAGAAUAACGAACGAAUAAUCGUAUUGACACCUGUUAAUGGGCAAAUCAAGGGUAGUACCGGCCUCAAAAGUAUCCAUACCAAGGUAAGAGUUAUGCGGUUCUGGUCUUCUAGCACGAUUGUUGUCGUUCAUUCAAGCAAAUUUGACGCUCGAGUUUAGAAAUGUAACCGCAUGGACCGACUCUACCAUAACCUUAGCUUGGAUCAAAUUACCCACGGCUAAAUUAAAGACGUUUGUUGCUAACAGAGUAGCAAGAACACAGCAAUCGACUAACGUGGACAUUUGGCGCUAUGUACCAUCCGAGCUAAAUCCAGCGGAUUGUGCGGAUUUAUCCCCCAGUGCACUAUCUAACCACGAACUUUGGUGGAAAGGCCCGGAAUUCCUUCGACAACCGAUGGACACUUGGCCGACCGAGGGAAUAAUGACACCAAAAGAUCAUCAACAUGAGAAACAAGAAAAGAAACUGAUCACUCUGAAGACUCGGGUCAAAGCCGAGGAAUGUCAGAUACUGUAUCAAUCAGAAAAUUUCCCAAAAAUCUUAAGAAUUACGGCAUAUUGGUUACGAGUAAAAGAUUACCUUUUACAUAAAACCAAAUACCAUAACCCUAUACCGACUACCGAAGAAACUAAUAGAGCGUUGUUAGCUCAGGUGUGUUGGACGCAGCAAAUAUUCUUUGAAGAAGAUAUAUGCAAGCUGAGAAACCAUAUAACCUGCUCCAUGCGGCCUCGAAAAUUGUCCCCAUUUCUGGGCGAUCAAGGGUUAAUCAGGGUUGGAGGACGUUUAGCUCAUGCUUAUGUUCCGUACGCAGAAAAACACCUCCUGCUACUACCAAAGUCCGCACGUUUGACCAUGCUGCUAAUUGAUCACGCGCACCGUACCCACGGGCAUCCUGGACCCCAACCGUUGCUAAACCUUUUAUGUCAAGAGUACUGGAUAAUUUCAGCUCGCAGUAUCGUCAAGAAAAGACUACAUAGAUGUAUACGGUGUUUCCGUGCCAAACCUCGGUUUAUACAGCCAAUUAUGGGAAAUUUACCACGGCAUCGAGUAACAGAGGUUAAACCAAUUUGUAGGGCAGGUGUGGACUUCGCGGGACCGUUCGAAGUUAAUGCUACAAUGCUGAAAAAUAUCAAGAUUACCAAGGCCUACAUUUGUAUAUUCGUUUGCUUGGUGACAACAGCUGUUCACAUCGAGCUAGUGUCCGACCUAUCCACUCCGAUGUUUAUUGCCGCGUUCAACCGGUUUGUUUGCAGAAGGGGCAAAUGUACAGACAUAUUCAGUGACUGUGGCACUAAUUUCGUCGGGGCCCAGCGAUAUCUGAAACAAAUCUACGAUCUGACCCGAGAGACAAAAUUUAUCCAUAACCUAAGCGACCAUCAAAUUCAAUGGCAACCCACCUGCAGCCCCUCAUAUGGGUGGUAUCUGGGAGGCAGUGGUUAAAUCUGCUAAGACCUUGCUCCACAGAAUCAUCUCCAACCGUGUACUCACAUACGAGGAGCUAAAUACUGUCCUUCAUCAGGUGGCAGCCACGCUCAACUCCAGACCGUUAAGUGCCAUGUCAUCUGACCCAAACGACUUCAGAACUCUCACCGCUGGUCAUUUUCUUACUAUGGGACCACUCGUCACCUUGCCGUCACCUCAAGAACCUACCAACCCUAGUGCUUCCAUAAGCCCGCGUAACCGAUGGGCAUUUAUUCAACAGAUCCAGCAACACUUCUGAUCGCGUUGGAACAAAGAAUACUUAAAUACACUGCAAGAACAUCCCAAAUGGACACAUCAAAGUGACAACUUGAAAAUUAAUGAUCUCGUUGUAAUUAAAGAACCUUCCCCACCACUAACGUGGAUUACUGCACGAGUAGUUCAGGUGCACUCUAGCACCGAUGGAGUCGUCCGAGUAGCAACGGUAAAGACGGCCUUGGGCAAAUCCCUUACUCGUGUCCGGUUGUUAAGCUCUGUCCAUUACCCUUGAAAAGUUGAAGAUUCGUCUCUUCAAGGUGGCCGGUAUGUUCAGUCGCAUCUGUCCAGCUGUUCGUGCGAUAAGCUAAACACAGGCCACCGACGUAGCUACGACCGUUUUUACUACCUACGUUCGGCCGCGUUGUUCAGUACCGUACACCGUCUACCGUUCACCGUAAAUCGUUCACCGUAAAAUGUGUACCGUAUAUAGUCUACCGCAUCACGGUUUUAUAACGUUUUUUUUUUUUUUUUUUAAAUAAUUGAAAAAUUAAAAAACGACCUGCAUCAUUAAAAACACGAUUAAAAAUUCAAUAAAAAGAGUCACUUGUCGUUUUUCAAUUGAAGCCAUAUUUGUGCUAGACAACGUGGUAGGUACUAAUUUCAAAUAAUUAAAUCGUGUAAAAAUAAUAUUUUUUUCCCGGUUAAUAGCUUUAUAAGAAUUGUCUUUUAUUUAGAAAUGCCUGAUAAAAAAAUUAAAGUUGUUCUUAACUGGAGAUGUGUUGUCGGAGAUAUGGCCGGUCACCGACUAGACACAAGACAUUAUGCAUAAUAUUAUAGUGUUUAGUACAUAUGUUACUGUGAGUUUUCGCAGUUGGUGAAUGCUGACAGUCACCGGUUAAUGUCAAUACACACUAGUCAUUGGUAAAUGUUGGCAUAUCGAUUAAAUUUGUACUAUUUGUAAACAUUCACUAGUGAAUGUCGAAAUUAAUAAAACGAUUUUGGUGAAUGUUAGUAAUGCGGAUAUUGAUUUACAACAUUUUUGUUAUUAAAGUUAUUGUUUACAAUUAUGAAAAAGUUAUUAUCAAUUUAAACAUUUUACUACUUAUAAACUAUACAUUAUUCAAAAGUCUAGAUGAUUUACAAACUUAUUAAUAAUUUUAUAAAUAUUUUAUUUAAAAAAAAAGUUUCUUCCGGGCAACUUUCGCUGGAAAAUAUCAUGACAGUUGGCCAUGUUGCGAUAAGUAAUAAAACAAUUAAUAAGUAAUUAUUUUUGUAUGAUAAUAAUAAUAAUAAUUUGAUUAAAUUAAACACUUGUAUACUUUAUGUACAAUGUACAUACAAUGACGUAUGACAACAUUAACCAAAACCGUGUUGUGUAUGGUAACAUUGACCAAAGUCCUGAUGUGAAUGUCGAUAUUCACUAGUAAAUGUCUAAUUUUUUUUUUUAUUUUUUUAGGAUCCUGCUUUUAAAUGA